GGGCCGGGCUCUGCUGGCUGCGGCGGGAGCGGGACCCGGGCGGCGUGAGAACAGUGAACCAUGGAGCUGUAUUUCGGUGAAUAUCAACAUGUGCAGCAAGAAUAUGGCGUCCAUCUGAGACUCGCAAGUGAUGAUAGCAAAAAAUCAAGGAAUUCCCAGCCCUCUAAGGCAGGCUCCUAUGGUGUCAGUAUCCGGGUACAGGGGAUUGAUGGCCACCCCUACAUAGUCCUGAAUAAUACAGAGCGGUGUCUAGCAGGCUCAUCUUUUUCUGAAAAUGGGCCACCGUUUUCAUCGCCAGUGAUAAAUAACCUGCCUCUGCAUGCCAGCAACGGGUCUGUGCUAGAGGGGAACAGCGCAGAAGAAUUGCAGCUCCCAGAAAGUCCUUAUGCUCAACCCGGCCCAGUGAGAAACCUGAAACAGUCCUCUCUCUUUGAGGGCAAGAAUGGAGUCCUAGAAGGCAAAGAGGGGCCGGUGAAGCCAUCCCACAUGCUGAACUUUCAACGGCAUCCGGAGCUUUUGCAGCCCUACGACCCUGAAAAGAAUGAAUUGAACUUGCAAAAUCACCAGCCUCCUCAGAGUCAUUGGUUAAACACUUUAACAGAAGAAGGUGCCAACAGUAAGAAGGCUUGGACAUGCUUCCCCAAACCUAGUAGUUCCCAGCCUGCCAGCCCUCCUCUGGAAGAUGCGGGCAAAUCCAGCGUGACGGCUAUUCGUUUGUGCAGCUCUGUGGUCAUAGAUGACCCCAAGAAGCAGACUUCCGUGUGUGUGAAUGUUCAGAGCUGCACUAAGGAGGGGCUGGUAGAGGAGGCCCUUUCCCCCAGUGGGAGGUCCCUAACUGCCCACAGCCCACACACUCAUCUCGAAACCAAGAAAGCCAGGCCGGACGUGCUUCCCUUCCGGCGACAGGAUUCGGCGGGACCCGUCCUGGAUGGAGCUCGGUCCCGGAGGUCCUCUUCCUCAUCGGCCACCCCUACUUCAGCCAACUCUUUGUACAGAUUUUUACUUGAUGAUCAGGAAUGUGCCAUCCAUGCUGACAACGUGAAUCGUCAUGAAAACAGACGGUACAUCCCCUUCUUGCCAGGAACUGGGCGGGAUAUUGAUACAGGAUCCAUUCCUGGUGUGGAUCAAUUGAUUGAAAAGUUUGACCAAAAACCUGGGUUCCAGAGGAGAGGAAGGUCUGGGAAGCGAAACAGAAUCAACCCUGAAGACAGGAAGAGGUCCCGAAGCGUGGAUAGUGCCUUUCCCUUUGGUCUCCAGGGGAACUCCGAGUACCUAAAUGAGUUUAGCCGGAACCUGGGCAAGUCUAGCGAACACCUCCUGCGUCCGUCACAGGUCUGCCCGCAGCGGUCACCUGCUCAGGAUCACCGCGGGAAGCAGAGUGUGGGCCGUGCCUUUGCGAAGCUGCAGGGGGCCCACCUCAGGCCUCCCCAGCAGAGCAAAGAUGGGAAAGGUCCAGAAAUCAGAGGUGGUCGGCAGAGUACAAACACGCAUGCCUCUUCCCUCCCGGCACAGAGUAAGAAGGAGGAAGAAAUCAAAACAGCCACUGCUACGCUGAUGCUACAGAAUCGGGCGCUAGCAACUUCGCCUGACUCUGGUGCCAAGAAGAUUUCUGUGAAGACGUUUACUUCCACCUCAAAUACUCAGGCCACACCGGAUCUGCUGAAAGGCCAGCAAGAGCUCACUCAACAAACCAAUGAGGAGACAGCCAAGCAGAUACUUUACAAUUACCUCAAAGAAGGAAGCACCGAUAAUGAUGAUGCAACUAAACGGAAGGUCAACCUGGUUUUUGAGAAAAUCCAGACUUUAAAGUCUCGAGCAGCAGGGAGCACACAAGGAAAUAAUCAAGCUUCUAAUUCUUCGUCUGAAGUCAGAGAUCUGUUGGAACAGAAAAAUAAGUUGAGCUCGGAAGUGGCUGAACUUCAGAGACAGCUUCAACUAGAGGUCAAGAAUCAGCAGAACAUCAAAGAAGAGAGAGAGAGGAUGAAAGCAAACUUGGAAGAGCUCCAGGGCCAGCACGACAGUAAGGUGGAAGAGAACUCCGUGCUGCAGCAGCGGCUGGAAGAAAGUGAAGGCGAGCUCCGGAAAAACCUGGAGGAACUGUUCCAGGUGAAGAUGGAACGGGAACAGCACCAGACUGAAAUCAGGGAUCUUCAGGACCAACUCUCAGAAAUGCAUGAUGAACUGGACAGUGCUAAACGAUCCGAGGACAGGGAGAAGGGAGCUCUGAUUGAGGAACUCUUACAGGCAAAACAGGAUCUUCAGGAUCUGCUCAUCGCCAAAGAGGAGCAGGAAGACCUCCUAAGAAAGCGGGAGCGUGAGCUCACCGCCCUGAAGGGGGCCCUGAAGGAGGAGGUUUCCAGCCAUGACCUGGAGAUGGACAAGCUGAAGGAGCAGUACGACGCCGAGCUGCAGGCCCUGAGGGAGAGCGUAGAAGAGGCCACCAAGAAUGUCGAGGUCCUGGCCAGUCGGAGCAACACUUCAGAGCCUAGCCAGCUGGGGGCUGAAAUGCACGUGAAGGCCCUGCAGGAGGAGAAUGAGAAGCUGCGGAGACGUGUGGAAGAGCUGGAGCAGAGCAUCGCUCGGCUUGAGAGGCAGAUUGCCGACCUGAAGUGCGACGAGGCCAAAGCAAAGGAAAUGCUCAAGAAGUGUGAGAGAGAAGCCCAGCAAUUAGAAGAGGCCCUUGUGCAUGCAAGAAAGGAAGAAAGAGAAGCCACAUCAGCCAGAAGGACCCUUGAGAAUGAGUUGGAAGACGCUCAGAGAAAUCUGACCCGGGCCACCCAGGAGCAGAAGCAGUUGUCUGAGAAGCUUAAAGAUGAGACAGAGCAGAAGGAGCAGUUAAGGAGACUCAAGAACGAGAUGGAGAAUGAGCGAUGGCACCUGGACAAGACCAUUGAGAAACUGCAAAAGGAGAUGGCUGACAUUGUCGAGGUGUCCCGCAUAUCAACCCUGGAGCUCCAGAACCAGCUGGAUGAAUACAAGGAGAAAAAUCGCAGGGAGCUUGCAGAGAUGCAAAGGCAGUUGAAGGAGAAAACCCUAGAGGCUGAAAAGUCACGCCUGACUGCCAUGAGGCUGCAGGAUGAGAUGCGCCUGAUGGAGGAAGAGUUACGGGACCACCAGAGAGCUCAGGAUGAAGCACUUACAAAAAGGCAGCUUCUGGAGCAGACGCUGAAGGACCUGGAGUACGAGCUGGAGGCCAAGAGUCACCUCAAAGAUGACCGAAGCCGACUCGUCAAGCAGAUGGAGGACAAGGUGUCCCAGCUGGAGAUGGAACUGGAAGAAGAAAGAAAUAACUCGGAUUUGCUGUCUGAGAGGAUCACUCGGAGCAGGGAGCAGAUGGAGCAGAUGAGGGGCGAGCUACUCCAGGAGAGAGCUGUCAAGCAGGACUUGGAGUGUGACAAGAUUUCCCUGGAGAGGCAGAACAAGGACUUAAAGAGCCGGAUUAUCCACCUGGAAGGUUCCUACAGGUCCAGCAAAGAGGGGCUGGUGGUGCAGAUGGAGGCCAGGAUCGCUGAGCUGGAGGACCGCCUGGAGAGCGAGGAGAGGGAGCGGGCCAGCCUCCAGCUCAGCAACCGACGGCUGGAGCGGAAGGUGAAGGAGCUGGUGAUGCAGGUGGACGAUGAGCACUUGUCCCUGACUGAUCAGAAGGACCAGCUGAGUUUGCGCUUAAAAGCAAUGAAGCGACAGGUGGAGGAGGCCGAGGAGGAGAUUGACAGACUAGAAAGUUCCAAAAAGAAGCUGCAGAGGGAGCUGGAGGAGCAGAUGGAUGUCAACGAGCAGCUGCAGGGACAGCUCAAUUCCAUGAAGAAGGACCUAAGACUUAAGAAGCUGCCGAGCAAGGUGCUGGACGACACUGAUGAUGAUGACCUCAGCACGGACGGUGGGAGCCUCCACGAGGCGCCGCUGAGCUACACCUUCCCCAAGGACAGCACUGCCAUCAGCCAGAUCUGAGCCCCCUUCCGGGGCUGUGGAGGUGGCCUGUCAGGCCUCGCAGGGACCCCAGCCAGCCGCCUGCAUUGGGGACCCGCAGCUAACUGCGCACGUGCAGCAGGGAGCCGGUGAGGCCGUGACCACGCAGAGCGGAGACCGGGCGCCCCCUCUUCCCAGGACAGCCUGGUUCCUACACGUCGCAAUCCUCUCGUGGUCCCGUGGUAGCGGCCGCUCCCAGCUCAGGCAGGUGGCUACUGCAGCGUAAAUGUUGAUGUCACUGCGGGGUUUGGAGAAUAUGACUUGGCAGGAGAAAGCCCGGGUGCAGCACCGCGGUCUGCUGGCACCGAUUGCAGUGCUGCUCCUGCCCCUCCCCCACCAAGGAAAAGAGUCCAAAGUGCUAGAAUAGCCGUCGUCGGGGGUGGGGGGGAUGUAUAAACUGUACAUAUUUUAAUCCCGGUUCUCAUGGACUGCUGCUGUUCCACUGUGGAAUGUUACAGAGGCUUUGUAGGGUGGCUUGUUUGUAAACUCCACACUUCUAAUUAUUUUUUUAAAACAUGGAGCUACUGGAUUUUACAUAUUAAGACACAGAUGAGAGAGAGGGUAGCAGACAGACUGCUUUGGACAUCAGAGUUGGAAAAAAGGAAUUGUCAUGGUGAUAAGGGACAAUCCUGAGAAGAGAAAUUCAAGUGGUCUUGGUAAAUAACUUAUGGAAGGAGAGAAAGUCUGAGGGUCACUUCUAUCUGUGGCCCUGCUUACUUUAUCUAGAAUUUUGUUGUGAUUUCUAAACCUUGCUGAGACCAAUUCCCACUCAACAACUGCAAUGUGGUUUCCACAGUUGAAGUAGGGAGACUUGUAAUUAAGGUUUCUGGCAUAUGAUGUAGUUUCUGGAGGGUUGGGGUCUUCCUGUCAUUUAUCCUUUCCUCCUUCCGCCCACGUCAGGCCCCAAGUAGCCUCCUCUGCCCAGAGUUGCUGGGUGGGGAGUCGGAGGAUGUGGGGAAGAGAAAGCAGGGUCCAGUAAGGUCAUGGGGAAGGGGAGGAGAGGAGUAAGCAGGUGUGUGUGGGUGUGCGCAGGAAGAGAAGGAAGUUCUUGAAAGCUGGGGGGAUGUGUAGACAAGGGGUAGGUUGAGCAGACUCUCGAGUUUAUGUCAGGAAAGCGAGGGAAAAAAUGAAGCCAGACAGGAGGUGUCUCUGUACAAACCGGAAGGAUCCUCCCAGCUUCCUGGGACAGAGGGACGUUGGCCUGCACGAGGCACGCAGUAAUUGGGAUUGAGCGAGUUCUGUGGUGAGACCACGUUGCUGGGACAGCAUAAUAGGGAACUGGAGUUGGGAACAUGCAGUAUCCCAGUACUUCCUCCUGGCCUUUCUGUUGUCACCUACACCGUGACUGUUCCCAGGUAUGACCAGAAGCCAAGUCCAGUCACAGCUGGGCCCCUGUAAGUGAAGGCCAAAGUGAGAGCAGGCAGGUCAGUAGGGCCACCGCCAGCGAGAGAGCACUGUUAGAUAUGUGUGUGUGUGUGUGUGUGUGUGUGUGUGGUUACACACACACACACACACACAUUCUCUCUCUCUCUCUCUCUCUGUCUCUGUCUCUGUCUCUCUGUCUCUGUCUGGGGCAGAGAGAAUAGUGUUCAGUUGCUUUGACAGUGUCCUCAGGCAUCCUAAUAGAUGGGAAGCCUGUGAGCCAGAGAACUCUGUGACAUUUACCAUGAAGAGCAGGGAGUUUAAGUGCCCUGCCUACCCCAGGUCACAGAGCCCACUGACCGGGAUUCAGGGUGAUCAGCUGGGCUUAAAGGCAGGUGUACCAUCCUUCCCCCCACCCAACGCCCACCCCCAUCCACCACAGUUGAGGGCUUUGGAACCAGAAGAGCCAAGCCUUCCUCCACCUCUGCUGGCUUGAAGUGGUUCUUGCCUCUGAUUACUUGUUUGAGGUGUGGAGAGAUUCCUCCCUUUAGCCAGUCAUUCACUGAGCAGAUAUUUACUGGGCAUCCGUCAUGUGUCAGCCACAGCGCUUGGUACCUGAAAUAAAGCAGUGAUUAUAGCAGACCCAAAUCCCCUUCUGGAGUGCAGUUAGGGGAGAGAGGGGGAUGACAGCAGUUAUACAAAUGAACACAGAGGCUGAGCCCCUCCGUACCCAGCCCUGGAGCCCCUCUGUCCCCUUGGGGACACGACAAGCCUGGUUCACUGGAAUUCUCUUCAACCCUCAGAAUAUUCUUGGUUUCCCUGCUUCUUCCACCUUCUUUAGAUAUUUGCCAAGAAGUCAGCCUAAAAAUGCCUCACCCCACUCAUAACUAUAGGUGGGAGGGGAGAAAGGUCAGAGGUGCAAGAACUUUGGGGCUAAGUGUCCAUCUUGGUUUGUGAGAAAGCCACUGUCUCUCUUUCUGGCCAGUUCCAUGCGGUAGCCAUGAGGCUGGCUGUAAGAAGCAAAAGUGCGCAUGAAAAGAGAACAAAGAUCAGCAUCCAAAAGGGUUGCAUCCUUACCAUAGAAGACGGGCCGCUGUGGAUGUUAACAAACACAUCACUCUACAUAAGAAUGGCUCUAGCAGUGAAGUGUGUGGUGUAACCCUUGGAAGCAACAUUGGACUGGGUCUUGAGAGGUGUUUUCAAGUCCUCACUCUUCUUGCCCCAGUGACCUUGAUAGGGGUGACCCUGAUGGGGCGUGUGCUCCAAAGAGUUCCUGGAAUAAAUGAGGACCAUGGCGCAAGGUCCCUUCCAGCUCUGACUUGCUAUCAUUCUUUGAUUUUAUUAUAUACUCAGUGUUUUCUGUUUAUUGCUUUAAGAACUAACCCUACUAAGGAAUAUUUUCUUUAGCUUAAAAAGAAAAAAUAUUUAAUAAACAAAUACGUGGCCAAAUGCAAUGCCGAGGAGACAAUCAUCAUAUAUCUUUAUAAUUUUAUUUUCCUGCUUCGGAGUGUCCUUUGACGAAGGCAAGAGGCUUUCAGGGUAUGUCUGGCUGCUCUGGUUCGUCUUGGGGAAGAGACGUCCGGGCACAGCUACCUCCGUGUACGGGAACUGGAUAAAGCAAGUUUGCCUUUCAAUAAAUGGUGUCACCCAGCAGAAA